AAGCCAUCGCACUUUCUGACUAGUUUGGUGAGAAACAAGCUCGGCUAAGCAAGAUUAAGCAUUGUCACCUCUGUGAAGAAUCCCUCAACGCGCAUAGGUAGUUGAUGCUUGUUGUCCAACUAUGUAAGUGGGCAUUCGCAUUCACAAGAACGUCAAGAACCCCUCGUCAUCUCACCUUCACCCACCACCGUUCCCCCUCGGCAUAUUCGUUCUUGCCUACUUAUUUAACACAACUGACACAAGUCUCCAACCUCACGACCAUUGCCACUUUUUGUCCUUUGCUCUCAUCCCAUCUGCCUUCAAGUCUAACACAAAUCCCACUUCGUCCAAUAUGAGAUCUCGCCUCAUCCUUGGGCUCUUGUCCCUUCCACUCAUUGUCUCUGCCCACUUCCACAUGCUCUACCCAUCUCCACGCAGCGAUGAGGACGACUCUGAAGCCACCUUCCCAUGUGGUGGCUUUGCCAUCUCCAAGAACCGCACCCAACUCUCGACCGUCGCCUUCCCGCUUGCAUUGGAGAUGGGCCACGAUCGCACUGUGAUUCAGGUCCUCCUCGCCGUGGGCAAUGACCCCGGUGACAAUUUCAACAUCGUCCUCGAGCCUACCUUCCAACAACAGGGCGAAGGUUCUUUCUGUCUUCCCACCGUGCAUCUACCUGCCAGUCUCAACCUCACAGCAGGCACCAACGGAACAAUUCAAGUCGUUACCGAUGGAGAGGGUGGUGGUGGUCUCUACGUUUGCGCCGACGUAACAUUCGACUCCGUCCCUUCAACCACCACGCUCCCCUCGGUUUGCACCAAUGGCACAGGCGUCACCGCGUUCCCCUUGGACAACCCUAUCAAUGCAAACGAAUCUACCGCAGAUGGUCAAUCUCAAGACUCUUCUUCUGCCUCGCCCUCCUCCUCGGCUUCCCAAUCAGCUUCAUCAACAAGUACCCAGACUGGGGCUGUGGGUUCCUCCACCAACCAUGCUGCAAUGAACUCGGUGGGCUGGGGCCUGUUCGGUGCCGCCAUCUUGGGAGGUGUCGCUUUGAUAUAGAGCACGAUUGUAUUCAGUUUCUAGCUGUCCAUCUAAGAGAGCUCAAUGCGUGAUUGGGUCCAAAAUAGAUCAUUCUGACAUCAUCCCUGCUCAUGGCCAAGUUUCUAUCUUGUUCCACUCAGGGCCAUCUGACUCACCGUCCUCGGUUGACAAUGUCCAAAUUUGUCUGGUUGCUUUCUCAGGAUCUGUCAGAUCUACCGCCUCGACCUCUUCAGGAGUGAUGACUGCUACCCGGAAAUGCUUCCGUGCCAGGUGCUCCUCAGCGAGAUGCCCUGCCUUCUGUCCGAGUGCCUCCCCUGCCUGUUCAUCUUUGCC